AUGCCUACGGUAUAUCGUUCACCCUACCCAGAUCUCGACAUCAAGUCGAUCGAUCUAGUCUCCUACCUCUUCUCUAAUCCUUUCAACACUCCCCUCGACCGACCUCUGUACGUCGAUGCUGUCUCCGGCAAGCAAUAUACAUACGGCGAUGUGAUCCAGCGUACGCGCUCGCUUUCAAACGGUCUCCGCCAAAGCAUCGGCGUGAAGCCUAACGAUGUCGUUGCCUUCUUCAGUCCCAACUCUAUCGAAUACCCAAUCGUCUGCCACGCCCUGAUCGGUUCGCGAGCUAUCGCUUCCCCAACAAGUGCGGCCUUGACGGCCCUCGAGCUGAACGCCCAGCUGAAGACCAGUGGCGCGCGCUUCGUCAUCGUCCACUCGUCUCUGCUGCAGACCGCCGAAAAGGCAGCCAAGGGAACCUCCGUCGAGAGAAUAAUUCUCCUGGACGGUGAGCAGCCGUUCAACGGAAAGCCCACCUGCGAGAGCAUGGCCAGCACCUUCGCCCCAACCGAGUUCCUGACCGUUGAUCCCACCGAGGCCGAGCGCCAAGCAACCUUCAUCUGCUUCUCGUCUGGAACCUCCGGCGCAGCAAAGGGCGUCAUCACAACACACAAGAAUAUGACCUCCAACCUACAGCAAUGGCGCUCGCAGAUGCUCGAAUCCGGCGACCCCUCGCAGCGACCUACCAGAAGCUCCGCCAUCGGAUUCCUGCCUUUCAGCCACAUCUACGGCCUCAACCUCUUUGUCUGCCAGUGUCUCAUCUGGGGCACGACCGUCGUCGUCAUGCCCAAGUUCGACCUCGACGCCUACCUCGGCUAUAUCCAGCAAUACCGCCCAGACGAGCUGUCCAUCGUGCCUCCCAUUGCGCUGAUGCUAGUCAAGGACCCGCGCGUCUCCAAGUACGAUCUUAGCAGCGUGCGCAGAAUCAUGUCUGCUGCUGCGCCGCUCACGAUUGAGCUGUCUUCUGCGCUCGAGGCGAAGUUCAAGGAACUCUGGAAGACGGAAGUCUUCUGUACGCAGUGCUGGGGUCUGACGGAGACCUCGCCGCUGGCAACUGCCAUCCCGAAUGACCGUCUCGAGAAGCGGAUUACGGGCGUUGGCUGCAUCGUGCCGAACAUGGAGUUCCGCUUUGUGGAUCCCGACUCGAUGAAGGACGCCGAGGUCACAGCUGAUGGGUCGACCCAGCCUGCUGAAAUUUGGUGCCGGGGCCCCAAUGUCGUGAUGGGUUAUUACAACAACGAGGAGGCUACCAAGGGCGCGUUCCACGUCGAUGAAGAUGGGAAGAGAUGGUUCCGCACUGGCGAUAUUGGAACUAUCGAUGCUGAGGGCUACAUCUCCAUCCACGACCGCAUCAAGGAGAUGAUCAAGUACAAGGGACUGCAGGUGAUCCCGAGUGAACUGGAGGGCAAGCUGAUCGACCACCCGGACGUGGAAGACGCGGCUGUUGUUGGUAAAUGGGUUGAUGAACGGGCCACUGAGCUACCGGUCGGCUUUUUAGUUCUCAGCCGCCAGGCCAAGGAGAGGGAUGAGAAGACCGUCAUUGCGGGAAUUAACUCAUGGCUCAAUGAGCGAGUUGCCAACCACAAGCGUCUUCGCGGAGGUAUUCAUCUCCUGGCGCAGAUUCCCAAGUCGCCCAGUGGAAAGAUUCUGCGCAGGGAGGUCAAGGAGCUCCUGAAGAGCAAGGCUCCCAAGGCUCGUCUGUGA